ACUGGGUCCACCCACAUGAAACUUAUCUCCUGUGUAUGAAGUGGUGAUACUUAGUACUGCUCAUUAGGGGUUAGAUGCAAGAGAAUCUAAAAUAUAUCAUGUCCUCAUUUACCUUUUCAUCUUAACACAGGACGCCAAGAGCCACUGAGCUGAGGCUGAACAGAUAAGAGCAUGGGGAGCAAAUGCUCUGCACUCAGGAGGGGUACAGUAGAGGAGGACUACAAAACUGAAACAAAGAGAAAUGAGAGUUCUACAGCAGAGAAUGAAGUAAAGCCUCUUCUCUUCCAAAGAACGCCAUCUGUGCAGGGGGAGGGAGGAGCUGACAGGCAAAGAAGAAAGACUUCAGAGGGGAAAGAAGAAGAAACCUACAUUAAAACAAAUAAUGCAAGUGAAAAAAAUAGCCCUUUGGCACAAGAGUGCACUGUGGCUGAAGUCAGCACAGUGGGUCCUUGCUACUCCAAAUCCCAUGACACUGAAACAGGAAAUAAAGAAGAUAAAGAGGCUGACUGGGUGGACAAAAACAGGACUAAUCUUAUUCAGAGUGUCACUUUAGUGAUGCCAAUUGUGGAUGAGAUGCUUGAGCAGGGCAUAAUCCAUAAGGAGUCAUACGCCAACAUCCAGGCUGCCAGGACCACCCAAGAGCAGAUGAGGCAAGUGUAUAAGGUCCUCACCACGGUAAAAGCCAAAUCUAUUUUCUGGAGAAUCCUCCAUGAAAUUCAGCCAGAGAUAGAUCAAACAGAGGAUGUCAUCAAACAAGUCAUCGAAAAGCACAAGGCAUAUCUGAGAAAAAAGUUUCAAAAAGAGUUUGAAGGCACUGAAAAGGAUCGGAAGAAUGCAAAAUCUCUGAACAAAAUUUACACACAGCUUCAUAUUGUACAAGGAGAGAGGGAACAUGUCAAUAAUGAACAUGAGAUCUGGGAGAUCGAGGACAAGACGAGGACUCAAACAGCCGAGAGCACGAAAAUUGACCUGAAUGACAUCUUUAGAAGUAACCCUGAAGAUACUCACCAAGAGGAGGGUGCCAUCAGGAUGGUAAUGACAAAGGGGAUUGCUGGCAUCGGAAAAACGGUCUCUGUGAAAAAGUUCAUCCUUGACUGGGCAGAUGGGAAAGCCAACCAAGACCUGGACUUCAUCUUCGUACUACCAUUCAGGGAACUAAAUCUGGUUUUAGAGCAGCAAUUUAGCCUCGAGGCACUUGUGAAAGACUUCCAUCCAGAACUUAAAAAGAUAGGAGUGGCAAAAAUUUUGGAAAAUUAUAAAGUUUUGUUCAUUUUUGACGGUCUCGAUGAGAGCCAGCUUCGACUGGACUUCAAAAAAGCGACCAGAUUGACAAAUGUCACCAGAGAAACGUCAGUGGACACGCUGGUGACAAAUCUCAUUCGGGAGGAUCUUCUUCCCACCGCUCACAUCUGGAUCACCUCAAGACCGGGAGCAGUUCGACGCAUCCCUAGACAGUUUGUGUACCAGUGGACUGAGGUCAGAGGAUUUAAUGAUCCACAAAAAAUAGAGUACUUCAAAAAGAGAGUUGAGGAUGAGGCAUCUGCGGAAAGAAUCAUUAAACACAUUACAAUGUCACGGAGCUUAUACAUUAUGUGUCAUAUACCCAUCUUCUGUUGGAUUGCCGCAAAAGUUUUUGAAUAUUUGCUCCCAAAAAUGUGCAACACUCAAUGUGAAAGCAUAAAUAUACCAACAACUCUUACUGAGAUGUACACACACUUCCUUGUUAUUCAAAUGCAAGUUGCUACUGAAAAGUACAGCAAAGACAGUGCGACUGAGUCGGAUACAGAAGAGAUCUUCAGAUCAAACAAAGACUUCAUCUGGAGAUUAGGCAGGAUGGCAUAUGAGCAGUUAGAUCAAGGCAAUAUCAUUUUCACCAAAAAUGUUCUGGAAGAGUACGGCAUUGACUUAGAAAAAGCCAGCGUGAACUGUGGCCUGUGCACAGAAAUAUUCAAAGAAGAAGAAAGUGUAUUUGCCUCAGAGAAACACUACUGCUUUGUGCAUUUGACUGUUCAGGAGUAUUUUGCUGCUCUCUUUGUGUACCACAGUUUUACAAUCAAAAACAUCAACUCGCAAAACCUCAAAGAUUUUCUGCUGAAAGGAUCUGAGGAAGAGCUCCAGUCCGAAUUGGAGAAAAACCCUCUUGAUCUACCACUUGAUGAUCUGUUGGAAAUAUCAAUAGCUAAUUCAACCAUAAGAAAGACAGGAGAGCUGGAUAUGUUCCUCAGGUUCCUUUUAGGCAUGUCUCUACAAUCAACACAAAAGCUGCUCCGAGGCCUGAUAAAACAGACGGAAAACCACUCUGGAGUCAUCGAGAGCAUUAAAACGAGUCUUUUAGAAAUGGACUUGACAUCCUGCUCACCUGAAAGAUGUCUGAACCUUGUCCACUGUCUGAUAGAACUGAAAGAGGGGUCACUACAUGGGACUGUCCAGCAGUAUCUGAGACCAGAUCACAGUCCAGACACACAACUCAGCCCUGUUCAGUGCUCGGCUCUGGCUGACCUCAUUCUGAUGUCCAGUACUCCUCUUGAUGAAUUCAACCUGAUGAAAUACAAACCAUCAUCAAAAGGUAUAUUUAGGCUUAUCCCCGCUGUGAGGAACUGCAGAAAAGCAAGGAUUUCAGGGGUAAAUCUUGAUAACUGGCUUUGUGAAGCAAUCGCCUCAGCUCUUCAGAUGCCGAAUUCUGUUUUAACUGAGCUGCACCUGACAAACAAUGACUUUUGCAAUGACUUAAGACCUGUGAUUGAAGGCCUGAGGAACUCUCAAUGCACGCUCAAUGCUCUGAGUCUUUCAGGUAGUCGACUGCCAGAUGCAGGAUGCGAAAUAUGGGGAUCAGCUAUCAAAUCACUCAUGUCAAAUCUAAGAGAACUGGAGCUGAGUGACAAUGUUCUGGGGUCCUCAUUAUGCUGUGUUCUUUCUGAUGUGCGCAGUGGCCCUAAACUGGAGACACUAAGGCUGAACAGAAAUGCUGAUAUUGCAACGGUCUGUGAAAAGAUGGUGGUUGCGCUCACAUCCAAAACAUGCUGUUUGCGAGAACUAGAGCUAAAUCACACCAAUUUUAAAGACUCAGAAAUGGGAAUCCUUUCCACUGGACUGAUGAGCACAACCUGUACACUAGAGAUACUGAGUGUCAGCCACAACAAACUCACUGAGAAAUGCUGCGAGACCUUGGCCUCGGUUCUUAGCUCCAAAACUUCGAAGCUAAGAUACCUAGACUUGAGUUACAAUGACCUACAUGACUCAGGAGUGAGGAUGUUCUGCAGUGGACUCAGGCAAUCAAACUGUGCAUUGACAACACUAAGGCUGUCAUUCUGCAAAGUGACAGCAGAUGGAUGUGCCUCCCUAGCCUCAGCUCUGAGUUCUGACCACUGCAGCCUCAGGGAGCUGGACCUGAGCUUUAAUCACCUCACCGAUCAAGGAGUCAAGAAACUGACUGAACUACAGCAAGAUUCACACUGCAGUCUGGAGAAACUCAAUGUAGACUACAAUGACAAAUGCUGGUUUGACUUACAGCUACUGAGGGAAUAUGCAUGUGACCUGACCCUGGAUCCUAACACAGCAGGCAAAAAAAUAAUUCUGUCAGAGCAUCAUAAGAAAGCUAAAAGGGUUGAAGAGAAACAGGAGUAUCCUGAUCACCCAGAGAGAUUUCUCAUGUAUCAAGUACUGUGCAAAGAGGGUCUGUCAGGUCGUCAUUACUGGGAGGUAGAAUGUGUUUUGACUGAUGUUGGAGUGGCUUACAAAAGUAUGGACAGGACAGGAGACUGCUCAGUUGACUACUCUUUGGGGAGAAAUGAAAAGUCUUGGUGCUGGUGUUGCCGUGGGGAGUUUUAUCAUAAUAACUCACGUGAAGAAUUUGGCCAUGGUUCAUACCCAACUACUAUGGGAGUUUACUUAGACUGGCCUGCAGGUAUUUUGUCUUUUUUUGAGGUCUUUCCUCAGAAACUGACCCACCUGUACACUGUCCAUACAACAUUUACUGAACCACUUUACCCAGGAUUCUGUCUGGAUGGUACUGGCGAAGUCUCCCUCUGUAAAAUAAAAUGACUGAGAAGGGUUUGGAAAAUGUCCAACUCAAGAGCAGGCAGUCCAAACAGUAAAACCAUACACAUCACAUAGUAUUGAAUAUUACAAGUGACUCGGUGUCAGAGGUAAGACAGCGUAUAAUGCAAGACAGAUUGUAUUUUCACAAUGAUACUUUUAAGGAAGAGAAGCUAUUGUGUCAGUAGGGUUAGGGAUAAUUCUUCCAUGGUCUGAAAUAUAUUUUUCAUUUAUCCUGUGACUACACUGGUCUACAAUUUUUUAGAAAUGAUUUGCUUCAGAGAUUAAAUG